AUGGCAGAAGGACUCCAUGAGUUCAUUUCCUCGCUGCACUGGCACUGGCAACUGGCCGAAUGCUUGCAAGCGCUGGAUCUGCCGGAGCACGUGGCCCUGCGUGCCAAUGCCGGGACGCGGGAGGCCGCGGAGACGCUCUCGGCCCUCUCGGAUGGUGCAGGCGCACAGCGAGCACUUCUUUGGGAGCCCAACGCGCCUGAGCUGCGGUCUUUGCGGCGGCAGCUGGCGCCAAACGCACGUGUCGUGGUCGUCGCGCGUCCUUGGCGCUUCCACGACUGGCCCGUGGCCAUUGGCAAGGCGCCUUCGCAGGAGGCGCUCUGCAAGGACUUGCAAGAUGCUGGCUUCGAGGUCAUGAAUGUGCGAGUGGCAUCGUACCCCUGCGAGAUCUCCUCGAGCCGGUGGCUAGCCUUCUUGGACCACGCUCAGAUGACGACAUCGAGCACCGAAAGGCGUACCUGCACUUCCGAGAUCGCUUGCUGCUGA